ACGGCUUAGUCCUCAGCAAGCCGCGCCGGUGGUGGCACCCGCGUAAAGCUCAUACUACAGUACAGUACCUAAAAAACCUAUUUAGGCAGUUCUCGUGUAACGAAAGUGGUGGUGCUUCGAUUACAAUUAUAAAUUCUAGGUACGAUGGCGAGGGUCUUUGCCAUAGUGCUGGCGUUAUGCGGCGCUGCGCGCGGCCAGGGCUACCACGGCCACGACGUGUCCUCGGCGAACGGUCGGGUAUAUUACCUGCAGGACACCUCAAGUCCAGUGCAGAAAUUUGACGACGCCUUAGGCACGGCCUCUGCGUUUUCUCCUUUACCAGCUAGGUUACCUGUAAACGGAUUUGGCGGACCAGCCUCACCGGGACAUCAGGCCGGCAGUCCACUAAGCAGUUUCAACAAUCCGCCGCCUCCUUUGGGAAACGGCGUGGAUAUCUCAGGGUUGACAUGCGGGCUCGCGCCGCCGUUCUGUGGAAGGUCUCGAUACCGAAGCAUCGACGGUUCCUGCAAUAACCUCCAGCGGCCCGUGUGGGGCAUGCCGCAGACGCCCUAUGGACGAUUAUUACCUUUCAAUUACGCUGACGGUGUAAGCGCUUGGCCAGUGUCUUCGACGGGGCAGCAAUUGCCAAACCCGCGCACAAUCAGCCUGGCACUGUUCCCUGACAAGAACCUCGUAGACCCAGUAUGGAACCUGAAUGCCCAGCAGUGGGGCCAGAUCAUCACGCACGACAUGUCGCUCACGGCUGGAGUUACUCAGACUCACAAGGAGCCGGUGACGUGUUGCGACGACAGCGGGCAGCUGGCGCCCGACGCGGCCACCAACCCGCAGUGCCGGCCCAUCCUCAUCCCGCCGGGCGACCCCGUGCACGCGCCCUACGGCACGCAGUGCAUGAACUUCGUCCGGACCGCGUCCACCAGGGACAGGGGUUGCACGCCACCGGCAGCUCCCGCCGCCCCAUUGUCAGUAGUGACCGCGUAUAUGGACCUGUCGCAAGUAUACGGCAGCAGCAUCGGACAAGCGGCGCCGCUUCGGGAGUACCGCGGGGGACGCAUGGCAACGGUGCUGCGAGGAGGCCGCGAGUACCCCCCGCAGGACCCCAACGUGACAGUCACCUGCGAGUCCGCGCAGUCGCCCAACGAGCCCUGCUACUUGGCAGGUGACAUCCGAAUGAACCAGAACCCUCAGCUGACGGUGCUCCAGAUCAUCUUGCUGCGCGAGCACAACCGCAUCGCGGACGCGCUCGCGCACCUCAACCCGCACUGGAACGACGAGACCGUCUUCCAGGAGGCACGGCGCAUCAACAUCGCUGAGAACCAGCAUAUCAACUAUUAUGAAUACUUGCCCAUCUUCCUUGGCGCUGAGAACAUGAUAAAGAACAAGCUGAUCUACCCGGGCGUGCGGGGUUACGUGAACGACUACAACCCCCACGUGGACCCGUCUGUUCUCGACGAGCAUGCCACUGCCGCCUUCAGACAUUUCCACACGCUCAUCCGCGGCUUCCUUCAGCUGAUAUCUGAAAACCGCAAACUACUUGGGGCGGUGCGCAUGAGUGACUGGUUCAAUCGGCCCCUUAUUUUGGAGAUCGGCAAUACAUUCGAGGACUUGGCUCGGGGCUUGGCGACGCAACAAAUGGAUUUUAGCGACCAAUUCUGGAGCAGCGAGAUAACACAGUUCUUAUUUAAACGUAACAACACGGUCGGAGGCGAUUUGCGUGCGACCGACAUCCAGCGAGGCCGCGACCACGGGCUGGCGAACUACGGGUCGACGCGCGCCGCGUGCGGCCUGCCCGUGCCCGCCACCUUCCACGACAUGACCGACUACAUAUCCCCGGAGAACGUGCGAGUACUAGAGCAGCUGUACGCGAGCCCCGAGGACGUGGACGUGGUGGUGGCGGGCUCGCUGGAGCACAACGUGCCGGGCGCGCAGGCCGGCCCCACGUUCCUCUGCAUCCUUACCGAGCAGUUCUACCGCACGCGCGUCGGCGACCGCUUCUUCUACGAGAACGGCGCUGACCCCGUCACCGCCUUCACGCCAAGUCAGCUGGAGAGCAUCCGCCGCGGAGCCUCGAUGGCGCGGCUGCUGUGCGACAAUGCAGACGGCAUCCACAUCAUGCAGCCCAAGGCCUUCGAGCAGAUUAGAAGAAGAAACCAUCUAAUGCCGUGCGACCACUUGCCAGCUAUCGAUCUCUCGUUAUGGAAGGAUGCCACCGGAUCGUUCAAAUGAACAUUCGAUUAAUAAAUUAUGUAAAAUUAAAUAUAUAUAUCGUUAGAUAAUAAGUAUUAAAUACCUGACAAUUGACCUCAUUGAACUAUUACCUUUUAGGGGUGUUGUAUCUAAUGUGCCUAGAUUUAUUGAAACAUUUGAAACGCUAAGUUACCCAAUGGUUGUGAUUAUUAUUUGACAUAACAAAUCAACUGUAACAUUUGCCAAUAGUUUUAAGGAAUUUAUACUUCUUGCCUUUAUAAUAUAUAUGUACUCUUCCCAUUAUUUCUUUUUCCAAGAAAAAAAUAGGAAGUAUUUAUUUAUCUACAUUUGAUUGUUAUGUAAAAGGACGUAUGUUUUAAUUGUUGCUGCAUUCGUAUCGGUACUUUCAAAUUGAGAGAUUAUUUUUGAUAUUAAUUAACAACUUUUUAGUUGUAAAUAUAAAAUAUAUUAAGUACAUGUUAAUAAUUUAAAAAUAGAUUCGAAUGUACAUAAUAUACGUUAUAUAUGACAAGUGAGAGCCAUUUGAUAUUUUUAACUUAUUUGUGUAAAUGUUUUGCCACUUGCAUUUUUGUGAAAUAGGUGGUACAGUCAGUCAGUCACCAUCAGAUAUAUCGGAGCAACCAAGGUGCUCACAAGUGUUCCAAUUGUUCUACCCUUCAGAAAUGUCUAUGGAGAAUUACCUACUAGCCGAGGUCGGCUUGCAAACAUGCUAUUUUGUAAAAAAAAGUAAACAAAAACCUGAAAUAAGAUGAAUCUUGAACCAUUUACCUAUUGCACGCCACGUGUUAAGUAGGUAUCUAGUUUAUUAAUUAUCGAUUAAGAGUCCCCGGCAAGCUCGGCCCAAUGUAACCUUCCCAUACAAACGGAGUUUCGUUCUCAUUUUAAAACUACGUGUUGGAUUGUAAUGAAACUUUGCAUAUACAGAAAGUUUCAGAGUAUCUAGCUAGUCGUGAGAGCGUAACUACGUUUGUAUGGAGAACCGAUCUUGCCGGGGACUCUUAAAUUUAUUGAUAAAAAAACCGGCCAAGUGCGAGUCGGACUCGCGUCCCAAGGGUUCCGUACAUUACACAAUUUUGUCUUUAAAAAACCCGUAGGGGUCGGAUCAAAAGCUAAGUAAUUAAUUCCGACUCACGCUUGACUGCACAUUUCUAAUAGGUUUCCUGUUUUCUACAGGUAAAGAACAGGGGGGGGGGGGGGGUAAUGGUCAUGUUUUGCUUAUAUUCUUGAAUAACUUCUAAACUGUUUAUCCUAAAAUUAUAAAAUAUAUAUAUUUGAAACAUACAUAUGUGUACCAAAUUUCAACGUAAUUGGUCUAGUAAUUUUGGAGAAAAUAGGCUGUUACAGACGGACAGACAGACAGACGGACGAGUGAUCCUAUAAGGGUUUCGUUAAAACACACUUACUCGAAAACUCCUAUUUAAAGAAAAUAAUCUGUAAGUAGAUAUUGUUUUUUUAACCAAUUUCCAAAAAGAGGAGAUUCCAUGUUCGCGAGUAAGAUUGUUUUAUUGUAUAUAAAAGUUGUCUAGUACCUAUGUUAAAGUAUGUAUGAUUGAUUACGAAAAUAAACAGUAAUACUUUACCUA